GGGAAUCUAUACUUAUGAAUCGUUCGCCGGGGGUCGUUUACAACUUUAUCGGCGUCACAACAGCAAUACUUUCACGCCUUGUUUCAUCGUAUAUGUCGUAUAUAUACACAUUUUAUUUACAUCCGUAGAUUUCUUCAGUGGUUUACGAACAUAACAUGUAUAAUUCAGAAAAUGAUCAUUUACGCAAAUUGUUUUUGGGUGGAUUGUCCCAAAAUUCAACGGAGGAUUCACUGAGGGCAUUUUAUCAAAAAUUUGGAGAAGUUAUUGAUGUAACUAUUCGACGAGACGCUACUGGACGAUCCCGAGGAUUUGGUUUUAUAACAUUUUUCGAUGAAGCAUGUGUUGACAAGGCUCAAACGGCCAGACCUCAUAUCGUCGAUGGCAAAACUAUUGAUUCAAAACGUGUAAUAGCAAAGCCAGAACCAAAACUCAGGGGAUCUGGGAGAAAAGUUUUCGUUGGUGGAUUAAAGGAUGUUCACACGGAACAAGCUCUUAAAGAACAUUUUCAGCAAUUUGGAAAGAUUUUAGGUAUUAAGAUUUUAGUAGAUAAAAAUACGGGUCGUAACCGAGGUUUUGGCUAUAUUGAAUUCGAAGAUUAUGAUUCAGCUGACAAGGCCGUAUUGCACAAAAAUCAUACCAUUAAAUAUUUGACAGUUGAUGUGAAAAAAUCAAAUUACAAGCCCGAUCAAUCUAGAAAUCAACAACAAAAUGGAAUGCAGCAAGUUAGUGGCGCACCACCACCAGCGUAUCCACAACCUGCUUAUCCCUCUCCUUAUGGUUACCCACCAGCGCCACCAGCAUAUGGCGCCGCACCAGCUUGGGGAGCCCCUCCACCUGCUACAGCUCCUGGUGGAUAUCCCCAACAACCAGCAAAUCCAGCUCCUGGGGGAUACCCACAGCAACCACCACCGGCUUAUGGUGCCCCGCCGGCAUGGAAUGGGUGGGGUUAUGGAGCACCUCCAGCACCAGCAGGUGCCGCUGCACCACCUGCAAAUGGGUGGAACAACGUCGCUUCGCCACCAGCAAACCAAAACUUUGGAAACUAUCAACAAUCGUAUAACGGUGGUCCUGAAAAAGGUGGCAAAUUACAAGCAAAUCGAAAAGCACCCUAUAGAUCUUAAAAACUGGAAUAUUUAUAUAUAUUAUAUAAACACAUAUAAAUCAAAACUACAUAUAUUGUAUGGAGUAUGGAAGACGACAAUUUCUGGAACAUUGCUUUGGUUGCCUGAAUAGUGAGCAUUUGCCAAAAAGACGUGUGUUUUAUAGAAUUAUAUUCUAUAAUUCUAAAAUAUGAAUAAAAAUUAAAUAAAGAAAAUGACAAUUAAUACACUGUUAAAAAGUGUUUCCAUGUCGAAAAAUAUAAUAAAAAUAUAAUAUUUUAUCUUUUUGUCAAUAUUAUAAUUAUAAUAUGAACAAUUCGUGUAUUUUAUCUUACUAAAAUGUACAUUUUAUAUUAUAAUAAAUAAAUAGACACAUGACAUAU